AUGAGCACCACCAAAGUCGCAAUUGUCGGAGCUAGUGGCGAAAGCGGCCAAUCCAUUGUGAAUGCCCUACUCGAUUCCGCCACGCCAAGAUAUGAGGUAAUAGCUCUCACACGCCCCCAAUCUAUCCAAAAACCCGUGAAUACCAAACUUCAAGAGCAUGGCGUGAAAGUCGUUUCCGCCGACCUCAGCGGCCCAUCUGAUGAACUUGUCGGAUUGCUCACUGGUAUCGAUGUGGUAAUCUCAGCUAUCUACUUCGAUAAUCUGGACGAAGAGAUACCACUCGCGAAUGCUGCCAAGGCAGCUGGCGUUAAGCGGUUUGUCCAGUCUGCGCUGAUGAUUGUCAUCCCGCCGAAGGGCGUUGUCGAUUUUCGCGAAAAGAAGGAAGAUAAUUUUCACUACUUCCAGAAAAUCCGCCUCCCGUACACCUACAUCGACGCUGGCUGGUGGUACCAACUCACCCUCCCGCGACUACCCUCAGGCCGUAUUGACCAUCUUCUAUCACCCGCGCACAAAGACCUGCCAAUUGGCCUUGAUGGUAGCGUCCCCACUGCGCUGGCAGAUCUGAGGGAUGUGGGACGAUAUGUAGCGAGGGUUAUCGCCGACCCCCGUACUUUGAACAAGAGAGUGCAUGUGUAUAGUGAGCUCUAUACACAGAACAAGGUUUAUGAAGUCGUGGAGGGAUUGAGUGGAGAGAAGUUGCCGCGUGGAUAUGUCUCCGAAAAAGAAGCGAGCACCAACAUUGAUAACGCGCGGGCUAAACUUCAGCAGAAUCCGACGGAAAUUGACGCAAAGCUCGCAUUUAUUGCUAACCAGCUGUUCUACUCUUGGGGUAUCCGGGGUGAUAAUACGCCUGAGAACGCUGAGUAUCUGGGGUAUUUGAAUGGCAAGGAUCUGUAUCCGGAUUUCGAGUAUGUUACAUUUGAGGAUUAUGUGAAGGAGGUUCUUGAUGGGAAGGUUAAGGGGGUAUAUCAAGGAUAA